UGUGUAUGUAUGUGUGUGUGUGUGUGUUGCGUACAGGAGGGGAGCUCCGUCUCUCCGCACAGACCGAGAGCCGCAAACCUACCUCGGAGCAUCAGUGAGCGGGGGACCGGAGGAUGAGGCACGGCGAUGUGUAGCGGAUCUACCGGGCGUGUAAAACCAGGACGAAAUGAGAGUGAUAUUUGAACUGGCAUUGUUGGAUUUUUUUCUCGUGUGAAUCUGGACGUGGAUCUGCAACGGAGCGUCGAUCCAACGCCGUGAGAGCUGCUGACGGUCUGUGUGUUUGUGAGCUAAUAUUACCGACACUAAGGAAAGGAGAUUAGCCAUAGUGGCAUUUCAUCAUUUGUGCUGGUAAUUAAAGGAGUCUGUUUUAUUAGGCACUGUAGCUAUUUUUCUUAAUGAUAUGAUCAAGAAACCAGACUCAAUUAUUGAUGUUUAAAAAAAAAACAAUGGUUACACAAUUCCCAGGCAGACAGGAGGCUGAUUAAAGCCGUCAUUUAGAUUUCCAGUAAAUUUUGUUUUUGAUGAUAUAAAAGAAGCCAGUCAUGUCAAAAACUAAGAGCAGUGAGUCAGUGAAGGUGGUAGUUCGAUGCCGUCCUUUGAACCGGAAAGAGGAGUCCAAUGGGCCUGCGGGGGGCAUCGUGCAGAUGGACCUGCGACUCGGACAGGUGAUCCUCCGAAACCCGCGAGCCUCAGCCAGCGAACCCCAGAAAACAUUCACAUUCGAUGCCGUCUAUGAUGCAAACUCCAAACAGCGAGACCUUUACGAUGAGAGCGUACGACCGCUGAUAGAUUCGGUGCUCGCAGGGUUCAAUGGCACCAUAUUUGCGUACGGACAAACUGGAACUGGGAAGACAUACACCAUGCAGGGGGCGUGGUUGGACCCAGAGAAACGGGGUGUGAUCCCCAAUGCUUUCGACCACAUCUUCACACACAUCUCCCGCUCGCAGUCUGAUAAGCAGUACCUGGUGCGGGCGUCCUACCUCGAGAUCUAUCUGGAGGAGGUUCGGGAUCUCCUCGAUCCCAACCACGGCAACGCCAGAGCCCUGGAGCUCAGGGAGAAUCCAGAGUCUGGGGUGUAUGUGCGCGACCUCACAUCGUGCGUCUGCAAGAGCAUCAAGGAGAUCGAGGAGGUGAUGAACGUGGGCAACCAGGCGAGGGCGGUCGGGGCGACAGACAUGAACGAACACUCGUCUCGGUCCCAUGCCCUGUUCUUGAUCACAGUGGAGUGCAGCCAGCCUGGGCCAGAUGGGAGGAAACACAUCCGGGUCGGCCGCCUCAACCUGGUGGAUCUGGCUGGCAGCGAGCGCCAAGCCAAGACAGGCGUCCAGGGCGAGCGCCUGAAAGAGGCCGCCAAGAUCAACCUUUCCUUGUCAGCUCUGGGGAACGUGAUCUCAGCGCUGGCCGACGGGCGCAGCAGCCAUGUGCCGUACCGGGACUCCAAGCUGACGCGGCUGUUGCAGGACUCCUUGGGCGGGAAUGCAAAGACUGUCAUGGUCGCCACCUUAGGACCAGCCCCCCAGCACUACGACGAGACCCUCACCACCCUACGUUACGCCAACCGCGCCAAGAACAUCCAGAACCAGCCCAGGGUCAAUGAGGAUCCCAAGGACGCUCUACUGCGCGAGUUCCAGUUGGAGAUCGCUCGCCUCAGGGCCCAGCUCAACCACAGGAAGUGGAGGAGCAAACAGAAGAAGGAGCAGGUGGACGGCGAGGGCUGGGAGGGAGACGGCGAUGAGGAGACAGAGGGUGAGGAGGAGGUGGAGAAGGAGGCAGAGGAGUAUGUGAAGCUACAGGAGCAGCGGUUGGAGAGAGAGAAACAGGACAUCAGAGAAGAUCAAUUCAUGUUGGCUGAGGAGAAGCAGAGGCUCCUGGGAGAGAAGGAGAGGAUGAUGGGAGAUCUGAGGAAGGAGCAAGAAGCCACCGAGCAACUGACCGCCAAGUACAAGGCGAUGGAGAGCAAGCUGCUGGUUGGUGGAAAGAACAUCAUUGAUCACACCAACGAGCAGCAGAAGAUGCUGGAGAUGAAAAGGCACGAGAUUGCUGAGCAGACGCGUAGGGAGAGGGAGAUACAGCAGCAGAUGUUGGUCCAGGACGACGAGACGGUGGAGCUGAAAGAGACUUUCACUUCUCUGCAGCAGGAGGUGGAGGCCAAGACCAAGAAACUCAAGAAGUACCUCAAGUUGUAUGCCAAGCUUCAGUGCAUCAAAGCGGAGAUCCAGGACGUGAACGACGAGCACGUGAGGAGCCGACAGGAGCUGGAACAAACUCAGAAUGAGCUCACCAGAGAGCUCAAGUUCAAGUAUCUGAUCAUAGAGAACUUCAUCCCUCCAGAGGAGAAGAAUAAGAUCAUGAACAGACUGACCUUUGACCCCGAGGAGGAUCAGUGGAAGUUUCAGCCUCUUGUUCCUGCUGAAAGUAAAUCCUCCCAGAUGAAGAAAAGGCCGUCAUCUGCAGUCGGAUACAAACGACCAAUCAGCCAGUACGCCAGGGUUGCCAUAGCGAUGGGAGCUCACUCCAGAUACAGGGCUGAGAACAUCAUGUUUCUGGAGCUCGACAUGACUCCUCCAAACACCGCCACACUGGAUCGUGCGACAAAGUCGGAGCGGAACCAGAUUCACUCUCUGGACAACUCGCCCACCAAGGACAGAGGCGUCUGCAAGUCUCGCUCCUGGUGCCAGACCCCAAAAUCCAUCACUUCCUCUUCUUCUAAUGUUUCCUUGGCAGCAUGUCACACUGCCACACCCAUGACGGCACAGUAAAGCUUUAGUGAAGAGGAUUUUUUUAUUUUUUAUUUAUUGUUAUUUUUAUUCCUUCGCUUUCUCUUGCUUAUUUUUCCUCUUCCUCUUUUGGCCAGUGAUCUUCUGAUAGACUUCUACAGCUGGGAUACAAACACACCUGUGCUGAAUCCUUUGGAGAGGUGAAAGACUACAUUAUUGUAAACAGUCGUUACAGUAACAAGGACGUGAUCUACAGGACAGUACACUAAAUGAGCUGAUGAACCUCAGAAACUCUAUAAAACAUCACUUCCUCCUGUUCUUCCUUUGCAUGAGCCUUUAAAAAACAACUGGCUGCUCUGUGUGUGUGUGUGUGUGUGUGUGUGUGUGUGUGUGUGUGUGUGUGUGUGUGUGUGUGUGUAAUAGGGCUGUAUGAUUACCUGUUUGUGUGUCUAAUUGUGACUGAUACGGAUCUGAAAGCUCACAGACUGCUUGAAUCCCCUGUAAGAUAUCAGUGUACAUAUUCAUGUUUUUGGAGAGUGUUUCGGGGCAGGGUUGGUAAGUUUACUGUGUUAAAGUGGGAACAGUUAGAUAAGAAAUGAAGAUAGAAGAAGAAGAAGAAGAAGAAGAAGAAGAAGGCAGUAGAAAAUAUUGAUGUAUGAUGUGUGCUGUUGUUGGUCAGAUGAGGUGCUGUGAAACCUGAAUGAUGACCUUUAUCACACCUGUUGUCUCUCAUUAUUCCUCUGUGUGUCGCCCAAAGUGUCAUGAUUUUUAAAAAACAAAGCCUUAAAAUAUAAUAAUCUCAUUCAAGUGAAGAUAGUGAGGCUUGUCACUUCUAAAAAAUGAUUUUACUGGGAUUUUGACUGAGAAACACACAUGGCCAUUACACAUAAAAUCAGGAAUCAGGUCAAAAGAACUCUUUUAGAUCAUUGUCCAAUUAGUAAACAAUGGUAACUGUAGUAAGAACACUGAGUGUGAAUAUUCCUCCUUGGAAACAGAAAAAGUGUUAACUCAAGGUCCACUUACUGGCUUUUUUCUGGAGCUGGAUGGAGAUUAGAUCCAUAAAAGACCAUAACAUGUGGUUAAAAGCUCAGAAAAAAGCUAAUAAUUGGAAUUUUUUUCAUAACACGACUAAAGCUGUCCCCCUACAUUACCAUAAAAACACUUUAAAGACAGGAUUAUGAUUUAAACACAACCAGUUUUUUCCUUUUGUACUCAAAAUGUAAGAAAUAAUGGACUCGGUGGAAAAAAUGACUGCUUUGCCUCCACCUCAAACUUAUUUUCACUUAUCAGGAUUUUUUUUUCGGCCCUCGUCUCUCCUCUGAUCGGUAACCAGCUAAACAUUUGUGAAGAGCAGCAGACGGUGGGGGUCAGACAGACUAAUUAUCACUGUAUUAUUGAUGCAACAGAUCCAGUUGCAGCUGAACCCCCCUGAUAGAUGUAAGAGAGUACAGAGCAGCCCUUCAUAGUGUUUGGAAACAACAUUUAUUACCAACGUGCUGCAGAUCUGUUUUUCUUUUUUUUUUUUACAGUUCUUACUACUAUACAUGAAAUUAUUCCCUUUGUGUGCAAAAUGUUUCAUGACCAAAACAUGAAAUCAUAUCAUUGAUAAUAUCUGAUAAUAUGUCAGAAAUGUACUUGUGGAAAUUCACAAAAGUUAAUUGGGAUUUCAUUCCUGGAACAUUUUAAAGGUAUACGACAUUUACUGCGACUUGCUCAUUCUAGGGCCACAAAUAUGGACAAAACUAUUAACAAUUAUUUGUUACAUUUAUUUCUAAAUGUAAAA